AAAGGUAUACUUCCGGAUCCGGGAGUCCCUAAACCGAACGAACUGUUUAUUUUUUUAUUAUAAUUUUCUAACACAGAAGGGGUUCUUAGGGAAGUGUGAAUUAAAAUUUAAAUUAUGUUUUGUAAAAUGAUAACCAUAUAUCUUAUCAUAUUAUAAAACUUUGCUAUCUAUUUUUACUGCUUGAAAAGAACACAAUUUAAUAUAGAAUAGAAAAUGCUUAAACUAAGUUGCCCACUUACUUUCUAUGACAUUAAUAUAAAAACUGUUGAAUAAUUUAUAAAUAAUGUCCUGAAUUGCUGAGAACGAAAAAAAAAUCAUUUAUCUGUGAUACGUAGUAAAGCUUCGCCUUAUAAUGAGCUUUUGUAAAGAAAGGGCAGUACUGAGAUACAUCAAAUAUAAUUUAUUUGCAGUUAAAAUGCAAUAAUUUAUGUAUGAUACAUCAGAGGUUUGUAAUUUGUUUUGGACAUGUCCCUUGUGGACUUAGGAAAACGUCUUCUAGAGGCAGCCAAGCUUGGUGAAACAGAUGAAGUUCGUCUCCUUAUGACAAAUGGCGCCCCUUUCACGACAGAUUGGCUUGGCACCUCACCUCUGCAUAUGGCAGCUCAAUAUGGUCACAUAGCUACUGCAGAAGUACUUUUAAGAGGUGGCAUUAGUCGAGAUGCCAGGACAAAAGUAGAUAAAACUCCUUUACAUAUAGCUGCUCAAGAGGGCCAUCUAGCAAUUGUGGAAUUGUUGAUUGGUCAUGGAGCUGAAGUUGAUGCUAAAGACAUGCUUAAAAUGACUCCAAUGCAUUGGGCUGUAGAAAGAGGACAUUAUCUUGUUGUAAAAGCUUUACUAAAAAGUAAUGCAUCAGUCACCGCUUGUAGCAAGUUUGACAAAACGCCUUUGGACAUUGCAAAAGAUAAUAUGUAUAAAGAUUUGAUUGAUUUGUUAACUAAGCAUAUGCUUAAUCCUGAAGCUGUCAGACAAUCAACUGCAACAAAAGUAAAAAUUGUGCAAGUCAAUCAAUCCAACAAUGGUUCUGCUUCACAGGUAAUAAAUAUACCUCUUCUUAUUAAAUCUGAAGGAAUUGAACCUGCAAAUAUUACUGAUAGUAAGAAAUAUGAAAGUUCUGCACAAAGUUCUCCAGCUUCAGUUAGUAACAUUAAAAAUGUCCAGUAUACUCCAUUGAAAUCUCCUUCCGUUAAAAGACCGAUGUUUUUUCGGGCAGAGCAAUUAUCACCAGAAUGUCUAGCAAAUCUUCAGAAAAUGGGUGCUGGGUCAAGUACAACAACACAAGUGACCUGCUCUAGUGACUCUGAAGGUGAAAAUAGUGAUCCAGGAUGCACUAAUGUGCUGACAGCUUUGGCUGCUUUAGCGGAAGCAACUGCUCCUAAUGCAUCUAUAUCUACAUCAGAAGCAUUACAGUGGCUUGAAAUGAAUGGUAUAACAAUGCACCCUGCUGAUAACAGUACUAUUGUUGCAUCUGCUUUAGAAGGUGGACAGACAGUGUCACUUACUGAAGCGGGAAAACUAGCUCUGCGGUUUGUUAAGAAGCAUCAAAACAUCAAUAAUAAUUCAUUAAAUACAUCAUCCAUUCCGGAAUCCACUCAAAGUACGACUGUCACCAGUACUACUCCUUCACACCAGAGGGUUAUAACCAUUGUAACUGAUCAAACUCGCAUACCGUCCAUUAUUUCAUCACCACAAACCCCUAUAGUUGUUUUAAACAAUCAACACACUGAGUCCAAUCCUUCCAUUAAAAGAAUGAAAAUCAGUCAAGUCAAAAGAGAGGAAGAUAAACAGAUAAGUAAUGGGAAUACGGACUUACAAGAAGAUGAAAGUUCAAAGCUGAAAAAGGAGUUGGAAAGAAUAAAAAAAGAAGCAGAGUUAUAUAAAUCACAGUUAAUGCAAAAACAACAUGAGGCUGAAGAGUAUAAAAAACAGCUGGAACAGAUGAAAACUGUUCCUAAAGUGGAUCAGUAAUAUUUGGUGUUGGAAUAGGUUUUAUCUGUUGUGACAGAAUUUAUUGUAUAUCUCUUCUGUAAAUAUUUUGUUAAAUAAUUCAUUAUUUUCAUUAAUAUGUUGUGCAAUCACCAUUUUUACUUCUAUGAAAGCAAAUAAAUAUGCUUUUAUGUUGUA